UUGAAAGAGACAAUAAACAGCAAAAAAUGGCACUCUACAUUUGGUUUCGGUGGAGGGUUCAGUGAUGAAAGUACAUCUCUGAACCCAACAUUGGUGUCAUUGGUCAACGAAUAUCAAGAGUCUGCGGUGAAAGAAAAAAACCAAGAAAAAAGGAACAGAAUGGCCAAAUUGAAAGGCAAAAUUGCUAUUGGCAAUUCCUUGAAAGACUCCAAAAUAACACCGACUGGGGAGAAAACACCGGAACACUUUAAAAGCAGAACUGAAGCAGCCAGCUCUGUUGGGAGGCUGACUUCCCAAGCAGAUGAAAGAAGACGCCUGCUUUCUAUUGUUGCUAUGGACUAUCCAUAUCGCUUCUUACAGGAGGUGUUUGGCUGUUCAUCGAAAACAGUUACUGCGGCAAAAGUCCACUCCAUUCUGUUUGGACGUGGUGGAACUCCACCGUCAAAAUUUAAAUUUAAGCGACAAUGUGUAAGUCCUGAAGUGCUUAAAGAACUUUCAGAAUUUUUUGAGAGAGACAGUGUGUCCAGGCCAUCAUCUUGUCGGAGUGUGGUCAUGGACGGUGAGGAAACACCUAUUAGAUACUGGAAGGACAAUGUCAAGGAACUUGUGAACCAAUAUUUACUGGAAUUCCCCAAUGGUGUAAAACGCACUUACAUCUAUACGCACCUCCCUGCAAAUUUUCGUUACAACACUAUGUUGGCAGGCCUGUGCAACAUAUGUGAUGAGUGUGGACACUCAAAUUUUGAGAAAUUGUUCAGCCUCCUAACUGAAGUGGAGUCAGCAACUGCAGUGUCAAUGAAGCAAAUGAAAGGUAGAGUGGCAGAUUAUCAACGUUUCUGUAAGACGCAGUUAUCCAGACAAGUAGAGAGGCACUCACCUUGUGCAGAACUGUGCAUGAACUAUGCAUUUGGUUCCUGUGAAGAACCCCAUGACAGUUCCUGUGGAGACGCCACUGCUCUGUAUGAGGUUCAGAGAACUGUCAGUAAUGUAUUAUCUACGCUUUCCAGUGCAAAUAAUUCAGAUAAACUGACCACUGAACUGCAAGAAAUCAUGAAAACUCAUGAACAGUACGUGGGACACUUGUUCCGUACAAAGCACCAGACAGAUUACCACAAGUUUGUGCUUGACAACCUCCAGCCUGGGGAGGCAGUAGUAAUUGUGGACUAUAAGAUGAAACUUGAACUAGGUGUUCGCAGCCGUGAAGCCCAGCGAGAUUGGUAUGGAAAACGAGGGAUUUCCUUGCAUGGAUUUCUUGUCAUAGCUCAGAUUAGCGAAGAUAAGAAAGUCACUGAAGUGAUUGAUCUUUGGUCGGAAGACACAAAACAAGAUGCAUGGUUUAGCCAAAGUGCUAUGGAUGUCGGAUUUCGGUGGAUGGAGAAGGAACUGCCUGGCUUCAGGGUCUAUUUAUUUUCUGGUGAGUACACAUGUUUAUUUGUUGAACUUUCAGGGCCAUUUAAGGUAGUUCAAUAUUUAUUGGCUACAAAUGUUUUUGACAUGAAAGGUACAUUGUAUAAAAAGGGUGAAAAAUAGCUGGGAGUACAUUGUAUUGCAAAAACAAAACAAUUCUUUCACUACUGACAAGUCAUAUUCAGUUAUUGUACAAGAAACUACUGUACCAUUGAUCACUUAAAUCAUUUGAUUCUAGUUUUGAUGCCAUACUAGAUCUAACAAAUAAUUGUGCUUCAUUUCUCUGCGAAUUAAAAAGCAUUUUUUUUAUAUACUUAGUAACUGUAAUUUUUAUUAGGAAUUACUAUUGUUCUCAUUUUGCAAUAUUUUAUUACCGUUUUUAAAUUAAAUGUUUUUUAAUUCCAUUUUAGACAAUGGCCCUCACUAUCAUAAUACUGCCUUCAUACUCUACCUUGCGGAGGUAAAUCGGGCCUUCAACUUGACUCUUGUUGAGUAUAACAACUUUGAGGCAGGGGAAGGCAAAUCAAAGCUUGACACCCAUUUCGCUCAUAUCAGCCACAAGAUUGUUCGCUGGGUCAGAGUAGGCAACAAUCUGGAAUGUGGAAAUCAACUUGGAGAGUUGAUUGGGGUAUGUUCAGAGUUAACAUUAUAA